AUGUCUUCGAGUCUCAUCGAUCAUUCUCCCUCCAGCUCAGAAUCUUCGAUCUCGAGCUUGACUCUGUUUGUGUCGAACCUCCACUGUCCGUCAUGCAUUCAAAAUAUCGAAGGCGCCCUGUCGGCUCUCGAUCCGAGACCCAACUUGGUGUCACAUUCCAUAAUCUCGCAUUCCGUUAUAGUCCGGCACAAUUCCGCAUUACCCGUAGCAGCUAUCGUUGAGGCCUUCAACUUUGCUGGAUUUGAGGUACACAGCACGUCUGUGGACUCUUCGGACGACAUCGAGGCGGUCGAUACUGAACAGCCACGACAUCACGAUACCGAAUGGGAAGAUAGCCUCGAGCAAGCUGUUCGCCGCUGGCGUGACUGCUGGAGAGGUGCCACGACCUCUCAAACCGAUGACAUGAAGAAGAGGCAGAAACACAUCGAGCAGUGUAGGCUGUGUCGUUCCAGUGCCGGAGAGAAAGAUGACACUCGGCUUUUGCAAGAUUAUUCCAGUCUGGCGCUCUCCUCCGUUCGCUGCUUCGCGUCCCAGGAGAAGUUACCGGAGGCUGUAAAAACGACUAUCGAUUCACCACCGUCCAGUCUCAUGGAAGACAACUUUGUUGUCGUUGACACGGCAUCGGAAUCCUCUGAAUAUGAAGCCGACGUGUCAAUAACGGGGAUGACAUGCGCCGCUUGCGUGGCUAGCAUCACCUGGGCUUUGGAGCAGCAGCCUUGGGUGCGAUCAGUCAACGUAUCGUUGCUCACCCACAGUGCUACCAUUGUCUUCAGCGGGAAGCAACACACUCAAGAGGUUGUCGACGCCAUCCAGGAAGCUGGAUUCGAUGCGGCCUUGGUCCAGGUUAAAGCACUUGACCAGAGCACCAGCCCCCUCUCAGCAACCAACCGCGACGUUUGGCGGGCGUCUUAUGCCAUUGGAGGUAUGACAUGUAGUGCCUGCUCGACCGCCAUCACAGAAGCUCUGAAGCAACACGGCUGGAUUGAAAGCGUCGGUAUUAACCUGAUAUCCCAUGGUGGUACCAUCGUCUUCAAGGGCAGGCACAAUCUGAACACUAUCACGAAUACCAUCGAGGAUAUGGGUUACGAAGCAAACCUAGAUACAAUCAUCAACGUUGGACAAGGCAACGAAGAGAAGACGGAUAGAUCUGUAGCAAUCCGCAUAUCCGGAAUGUACUGCGAGCACUGCCCUGAACGCAUCAUGAGCAGCCUCAAGCAUCUUUCGGAGAAAGGUAUCACUGUUGAGAAGGCGCCAGCAAUCAAGGAUCCAAUUCUGAAGCUCCGUUACUCCCCACAACCAGCCAUCUUAACUAUCAGGCACAUCAUAGCCGCAAUCACAGCCACCGAUCCUGCCUUGGAGCCAUCAGUUCACCACCCGCCUACUAUGGAAGAGCGGGCCCGCCAAAUGCACACCCGUGAGCGGCGGCGCAUUCUUCUUCGCCUUGCGCUGUCUGUCGUAGUCGCCAUUCCUACCUUCAUCAUCGGCAUCGUCUGGAUGGAUCUUGUCAAGCCAAGCAACCCGAUCCGGCAUUUCAUGGAACAGCCUCUCUGGAUCAGCGGCAUUACCCGAUCCGAAUGGGCGCUCUUCAUCUUGUCCACUCCGGUCUACUUCUUCGCUGCAGACACCUUCCAUCGUCGAGCUCUAAGGGAGAUGCGCGCUUUGUGGAGACGAGGGAGCCCGACACCUCUAGCUCAGAGAUUUUAUCGGUUCGGCAGCAUGAACAUGCUGAUGUCUUUCGGAACAUCAAUCGCAUACUUUGCCUCGAUCACCGAGCUCGCAAUAGCUGCAGCGGGAAAUCGCCAUGCAAUGGAGGGCUCGUACUACUUCGACUCCGUCGUCUUCCUGACGAUGUUCCUACUCAUUGGUCGCUUCCUAGAAGCAUACAGCAAGGCAAAGACAGGCGAUGCGGUGACCUCUUUGGGAAACCUCAGACCUACUGAGGCGACAUUGGUUGCCGCGGAUGGAGUCGACGACCAGAAGAUAUCUAUUGACCUUCUCGAAAUCGACGACAUUGUCCGAGUUCCGAAUGGUAGCUCGCCCCCUUUCGAUGGUGUCGUACUGUCAGGAGAGUCCAAGUUCGACGAGUCAAGCUUGACCGGUGAGUCACGUCCAGUGAGUAAAGCGCCUGGGGACACCGUCUAUUCUGGCACCGUCAACAAAGGCGGGCCGAUCACAAUCCGCAUAUUCAGCAUCUUCGGUACCUCCAUGCUCGAUCAGAUCAUCAAAGUGGUACGUGAAGGUCAAACAAGGAGGGCACCAGUAGAACGAGUGGCGGACAUUAUCACUGCACAUUUUGUGCCUUUCGUGGUUGCCGUUGCCAUGUUGACUUGGGUGCUAUGGUUGUCGCUUGGGGUAUCCGGAGCUUUACCAGAAGAUUAUCGCGAUUCGAUGUCUGGUGGAUGGCCGCUCUGGUCGCUGCGGUUCGCCAUAGCUGUCUUCGUUAUUGCGUGUCCUUGCGGCAUAGGCCUCGCUGCACCGACAGCUCUGUUCGUUGGUGGUGGCUUGGCUGCUCGUCACGGCAUCUUGGUCAAAGGCGGCGGUGAGGCUUUCCAGGAAGCCAGCUCGCUCGAUUGCGUUGUGUUCGACAAGACUGGUACUCUGACGCAGGGCGGGGACCCCGCAGUCACGGAUUUCAAGGUGGUCGACGCGGCAGCUGAGUACGACGUUCUUGGGUUGGCGAAGAAGCUAGAAGAAAACAGCGGGCACCCUAUUGCCAAAGGAAUCGUUGCUUUCUGCACGUCGCACGAAGUAGCCGAGGCUGAGACUACAAACAUUGAAGAACUGCCCGGCAAGGGAAUGAAGGGAACUUUCAAGGUUUACUCAUCCUCGAGCUCGAGUGUUGAUGUCAUCGUGGGCAACGAGGCCCUGAUGGCGGAUUACGACGUCCACAUCAGUGAAGCAUGUGCGGAAUAUCUGCACACAUGGAAGACUCAAGGGAAAUCUGUUGUGCUACUGGCCUUCGGAAUCUCAGCCGAUCUGGCUCCGGAGUCUUCUCCACGAUUCAAGCUUGCCUUCAUAUUUGCCAUCGCGGAUCCUCUCCGCCCAGAAGCCGCUUCCACAGUCUCCGCCCUCCACCGCCGCGGCAUCAACGUCUGGAUCCUCUCCGGCGACAACGAGCUCACCGCCCGUGCGGUCGGCGCUCAGGUCGGUAUACCAAGCACCAACAUCAUCGCAGGGGUCCUGCCAGACCAGAAAGCAGAAAAGAUCAAGUACCUCCAGCGCUCCCUCACCAAGCCUCAGCGGCGCUCCCUCUUCGGCCUUAGAAGGCGAGUGCCCAAGCGAGCAACCAUCGCCAUGGUGGGCGAUGGCAUCAACGACUCACCCGCUCUCACAGCAGCAGACGUAGGCAUCGCCAUCGGCUCCGGCUCGGACAUUGCCAUCUCUUCUGCUUCCUUCGUGCUUGUGAACUCGAACCUGAUUUCGUUGCUUACGCUGAUCGACCUCUCGCGUACCGUGUUUCGCCGUGUCUGGUUCAACUUUGGCUGGGCGCUUGUCUACAAUGUCAUUGCGAUGCCGGUCGCUGCCGGCGUGCUCUAUCCGCUCCGGACGGGGAGUGGAGGACACAUCAGGCUGGAUCCUGUUUGGGCCAGUUUGGCGAUGGCAUUGAGCUCUGUCAGUGUGGUGUGCAGUAGCUUGGCGCUGAGGAGUAGUAUUCCUGGGUUGGGGUUUAGGGCGCCGAAGGGGCAAGAGUAG